UCCUUCACUGCCUCUGCCUCUGCCUCUCUCACUGCUGCUCACACAUCUUCUCCUCCUCACACGGGCAGCUUCAUUCCUCUGUCAGGAUGACGGGCCCUCUCGGAUUCACAGCCCUUGUCCUCACUGCAGCGCUCUGCCUGAGCUGGGUGCCUGCCACGCCUGGAAAGCCAGUAAACAGUGUUGGCCAGCAAGGAGUGUGGAGUCACGAUGAGGUAGGAACAGCUCGCCGGUUCAGGAGAGAUCUGCGUGACUCACUGCCGUAUGAAGCUGAGAUGAUGGCAUAUCCAGCAGCUGAGAUGCAGCCACGCUUACGCAAUGACAUCUACCAGCCAGGUGACAACUGGGACCAGAGGCUUGGUCUAGCCCUUCAACAGAUGGUGGAGGAUGGUAGAAGGCGAAAUCAGGAAGCUGUCUAUUUGGCAAACAUGCUUCGUCUUCUCAGUGAAGUGGGGCAGGAAGGGUAUGUGUCUCCAAUAAAAUCCUCCAAAGAACCAAGUCUGGCUAUGGGUGAUUUCCAAGGUCAGUACCCAUCAGAUUAUGAUGAAACUGGGGUUUCCAACAACAUGGUGAAGCCUCAAGGAGGUUGGCAGAAUCUCCUGGAUCCUCAGCUUGCUCAGGCCCUGCUGAAUCAUUACAGACAACAACGCCUUUAUGAGACCAGUCUGGGACCAGCAUCUCGACUCAGCCUGCAAGAUUCAGAGGGGGAAGCCCCUGAGGAAAAUGAAGAUGAAACUCUGAGAUAUCUGCUUGGGCGCAUCUUGGCUGGCAUGAAUGAAGGUGGACAGCAGCUUUCCCGUUUGUCCAAGCAGGAUUUAGCUUCCAUUACUGGAGGCAGCAAGCUCGACCACCAAUCAGGCCUUAAGAGGUCCCGACGCUCACUUGAUGAUGGAAGCGACAUUUCAGACAAGACAAACCUGCUGCGGGUAAAAAGGCUAGAUGACACAGACGAGGAGACAGAAAUCACAAGCGAAGAUCCCCGGAACCUGCAAGAGGGUGCAUAUCAUGCUGUUCAGGCAGGCCUACAACGCAUGAAACGAAUUGACACAGAGCAGAACGGGAAGCCAAUCCGGAGGCGUCGCUACGUUGGUUAUGACCCUGAUGAGCUGGCUGAACGCAUUUUGAAAUAUUUACCAGACUAAACAGAUACCAGUGGAAAUCUGCGAGGGGGCUCACCAUUCAGGGGGGAUGAUUUUAAACUGGAUAAUGCAUCUGAAAAUAUAUGACCCCAGCAAACAUGCUCUAUAAUGCCUUGUGAAACCAUCCAUUCCUCAUUGUGUAGUCAUCUCACCCCUUAGAGCGCCUUCCAUUUAAUCAUUGUAGCUUCAUCUCAUAGCAGCCUUAGUCCAGAUAAUGAGCCAGGUUUUGUAAUUAAAAAAUAUCUACCUUUCCUACUCCAUUGAAACAAAUGUACAAUUGUCCAAAAAACUUAAGGACUGCUGAAAUUCCUGUAAUUUAAUAUUUUUUUUCUUUAAUUUCCCGACUUUUUAGUCCACAUUUCCUGGAGGUGAUGAUCUUGGUAGGAGACAUACAUUGAACAAGUUGCAAUAGUACUUGCUACUUUGUUGUAAAGGGUGGGGUUACCUAGCAGCUUGCCAUGCAGAAGGGAGUCAUCCUAUUUAGUCUCUGGUGAUGCUCUUACUUGCUUGAAGCUAGGAGGCUUAGUCCAGUUUGAAAGUGAAAUUCUCUUCCAUUGUUCAUCCAUAACUCAGCUGAAAUAUCAUAAAAUAAUAAGAAUUUAACAUUUAAAGAUUCACCAGUGUUACAUAUUCAGCAUUGUGACCAGCUUCAUCUGGGUUCAUGGAAAGGAAAUAAUGGAAGGCAUUUUAUCUGUUAUGGACUGGCUGAUCAUUAUCUUGUAACAGUCCUAAUCCAACUAAAACCAGGUCAGCAUAAAAGCCAUUGGGCAAGACCUGAGGAGAUUUUAUUUUCCAGGGACACCCUCUGACUGCAUCGAUGAUUCACCCUACUACCAUAAAUAUGUAUGCAGAGUCUUACAUCUUUAAACAUUAAAGUUAAGUUAGCUUAUAAAGCAAAAGUAUAGUGCAAACAUUAAUAUAAAAAUACAUUGCACACUCCAAUAACCACAUCAUUGUCCUUAGUUUCUAUUCUUAUAGCUCAUAUUGUAAUUUGUGAUAAAAUUGUGCAAUUGAAAGCUCCAGCCAAUUGAGUGAGGAUUUCCAAGAGUAUCUUUACUCCCAGGAUUUGCAGACUUUUACUUUAAUCCGUUCCAACGAACAGUACCCAGUCUCUGAGUGGAAGUAUGGAACAGGACUGUGAUCCAAUCCUUGAAGCAUACUGUACAUUAAUCCCCUCAGACAGGAAAAGGCAGGCUUCACCUUUUUUCCAUCCAGAACUUGAGCCAUUUUAAACACCUCCUGUUGCUAUCUCUAUUAGGCUAGACAACUUAUUUUGUCUCAAUAAAAUGAGAACAUGUUCUCUACAGUCCUUGAAAUAUAACUAAUAUUAUAUUCUCCAGUUUAGGGACAGUCAGCCUUUAGUUAUACUUGCAUAUAGGCAGACCGCUAUUAUCUUCUAGAACAACAACAAUAAUUGAGUUGCUUUCUAAAUACAAGAGAAAUAAAACCAGACCAGAUAUAACUUAUCUCUGGAUGAUUGUGCCGUAAUUUGGAUGGCUAAUGGAUGUGGCAUACAGCCGUAUCCUCAAGCCACUAUAUUGUGAGCCAAUGGGUAGAUCAUCUCGCUCUUUGCUCAUGGUUAGCUGUUCCUAUUGGUUUGAGGUACAUCACAAUAUAGCUGCCCCUUAUUCUCCAGCCACCUGUAUGUGUUGAAUCAAUUUAGACAAUCAAAGCCCUUUACCAAAGACAUGCCCAAUGCAUUUCCGUUCCUGCCAGGGUUUUCUUUUGGACCCAAAAGACAUCACUAACAGAUACACCUCCAACUUCACCAGAUCAUUCCCCAUUUCUUUAUACUUAUAAAGACAAAUUAACACAUUUGUUGAAACUAUGUUUGGAUUGUCACAGUUCAAAAUUUGAAAAACUGGCUUCUCUCAUUCAGGACUAAAAUCUCCUAAUAAAUAGGAUGGACUGGCCAGUGGAAACUGCAAUGAUUAAAAUGACCACGCUUUCUCUUUAAAUGUGCAGUUUGUCCAGAACCGUGUGCUCCAGCUUAGCACACCAGAUGUGAUUUGAGCCAGGCGGCAACAAUUUGUGUAAAUGUUAUGGGCGCCUCUGAGACAGGCAUGAUCUGAGGUUAUUCCAACUUUGAAUGUAUCAUACUUGUGCUUAGCGUCUGCCACAGAGGCCACUAGCAAUGUAAGAUGUAUUCUGCUCUGCUGCUACCAUGUUGCUUGUGAAGGGAGUGGAGUAAAGACCCAAUGUAAUGUGGCUAUUUAUGUUGUGUGUUUGUGCCACCUGAAAACAUCACUCACCUAUGAAACACUGGUUUUAAAAAGGGACAAAGUUUAUUUCUAGAUGCCUGAGUUUUUUUUUAAUUAGUAGUACUUAAAUUAAAAACUGAUUUUGGCUAAAAUAAGUGCAAAUAAUUCUUGGAGAAAUAAUUUCAUGACAAGAAUUUUUCUUCACAUCCUUUACAAAAAACAGAAUGUUCAAUUAGUCCAUGAUGGAGCACUGCUUGUAUGUCACAAAGGCAGGUGAAUACAAACACUGACAUUAGUAGUCAGAGUCAGGUUAAAUAUGCAUAGAACAUUAGUUGUUAGUCUUUAGCCAACAACAUUUGAGGUAGGAUUUAGAAAAAAAAGUUUGGAAUAUAGGUAGACAUCCAACUGGUGGUUGGCAGUUCACGUUGCAGGCAGUGCCAUUUUAACCAUGAAACUAACUUAGUUGCUCAGGGUAUGAUUAGCUCACUUGAAUACAAGAUAAAUGGUACAUUGACCUAAAAUGUAGUUGGACUACCAAGCAAGGAAAUGAGGCUCCACAAAUGGGAACCACAUUAAAUUUUUGUGCUUUUUAGAAAUGGAAGAUUUGUGAUUAAGUUUUGAUUCAUAGUGUAUUAGAAAUAAUUCAAAGAGAACAGUGGAUGCGUAACACUGUAAAAAACACUAGUGGAUUUUCAACAUUUCUUCAGAGUUCUUACUCUACCGGUUCACUUGAACAUAGGUAAUCUGAAAUGCUGCCCCUUUAAAUGCUGAGAACAAGACACACAAUAAGUUGAAAGCAACUAGAAAUAAACCCCUGGCUCUUUUUUCCUGGCUCACCUCAAAAUGUUUCAUGUUAUUUUGUUGAAUUGUGAUUUUCUGUGUCAAUAAAGUAUAUCAAGUAUUUUAUCGCA